UUCCGACGCACGGAGAUGACGCGCAGCCGCGCUUCCACGUUGGGGAGCCGGAGGCUAAUCCCGGGACGCGGAGACCCCGGGUCCCGGCAGCACGGCGGCCUGCGGGCCCGGGGCGGGAAUGCAUCGCCGCGGGGUGGGAGCUGGCGCCAUCGCCAAGAAGAAGCUUGCCGAGGCCAAGUAUAAGGAGCGAGGGACUGUCUUGGCUGAGGACCAACUGGCCCAGAUGUCCAAGCAGCUGGACAUGUUUAAGACCAACUUGGAGGAAUUUGCCAGCAAGCACAAGCAGGAGAUCCGGAAGAAUCCGGAGUUCCGGGUGCAGUUUCAGGACAUGUGUGCCACCAUUGGGGUGGAUCCUCUGGCCUCUGGAAAAGGAUUUUGGUCUGAGAUGCUAGGUGUGGGAGACUUCUAUUACGAGCUGGGUGUGCAGAUUAUUGAAGUGUGUCUAGCCCUGAAGCAUCGGAAUGGAGGUCUGAUAACUCUGGAGGAACUGCAUCAACAGGUGUUGAAAGGAAGGGGCAAAUUCGCACAGGAUGUCAGCCAAGACGACUUGAUCAGGGCCAUCAAGAAACUAAAGGCACUUGGCACUGGCUUCGGCAUCAUCCCUGUGGGUGGCACUUACCUCAUUCAGUCUGUUCCAGCUGAGCUCAAUAUGGAUCACACCGUGGUGCUGCAACUGGCAGAGAAAAAUGGCUUCGUGACUGUCAGUGAUAUCAAAGCCAGUCUUAAAUGGGAGACCGAGCGAGCGCGGCAGGUGCUGGUAUGUGACUUUUGGAACAGCCCAGUAAAGAUGGGCCCCGGACGGGCAGAGGUGGGUGGAUGGAACACCUGCUGAAGGAAGGGCUGGCCUGGCUGGACCUGCAGGCCCCAGGGGAGGCCCACUACUGGUUGCCAGCUCUCUUCACUGACCUCUACUCCCAGGAAAUUACAGCUGAGGAGGCCAGAGAAGCCCUUCCCUGACUCUGGGAAUGCGGAAGGGGACACAACAGCAGGCAGGGAGAAGAGGGAGGAACUGUUGGAGAAUAAAACCUGGAUAGCUU